CGUAUGAGAGCAGAGGAGGACAGGUGAAAUCAGCUGGCAGUGAGGAGCUGCUUGUUCGCAGGCCUUUAGGGGGAGUGUUGAGACGCGUGGAGACUGAGACUGGCACCGCGUCUGUGUGAAGGGGGAGAGGCUGGGAAACGACGGGAGCACAAGCGAGGCAGAGCUUCACCGUCUGUGGCCCUCUGUCCCCUCGUCCUCGAUGCCUGCAAAAAACACAUCGCCCUGCUGAUAACAAGGACACUGAGCGAUCGAACGACCGCGCGCGCUCGAGACGCCACCGCUGCUGCGCCCGAAACGGAGAGAUGUCCACGAUCCAGAUGUUAUGAAGAUACAGUUGAACAAAGUAUCAGUAAAAGAUCUCCAGAUCCAUCAGGCCAGUCUACAGUAACUAAACGAAACUGGACUCCGUGAUAACCACCACUCACUUGUCUGAACUCUACAUUUUUGCUUUCACUCAUCCACUGCUCUAAAUGAGUGUCUCAGACAGCAAGAUCAGGGCUGGGUCGCACACCAGAACCCACACAGAAUGUCCUGGAUCAACGGCUUCCUAGUGGCCAGAGUGGAUGAUCGUAAGACCGUGUGGGGCGAGCGCAAUGGCAAGAAGUCCAAGCGCAAGGUUGGCUCCUCUCUCUGCAACCCACGCUACAUGAGCUGCCUGCGGGACGUGGAAGCCAUGGAGCCUCCUCCCCAGCCGCCCCACUCUCAGGCCACCCGGUCUGGAGGAGGAGGAGGAGGAGUUACGGGCGGAGGCAACUUCGGCAUGCGCUGUGGAUGGCAGGAAGACCACUACGGGAAAGUGGGGGGUGGGGGGGAGGGGAUGGGGCUUAAAUCUGUGGACCUGGGUUUCGAGGAUGGUGAGGUCAAGGGGCGGAAAGGUGACGGCUCAGGUUGCGAGGCCUCCAGCGAUGACGCGGCCAGUGGGACGGGGUCAGUGACGGCAGCGGACUGCUGGCAGCGGGUGGUUCGCGUAUUCCAAUCCAAGAAGUUCCAGUCACGCAAACUGGAGCGUCUCUACCAGCGCUACUUCUUUAGGCUCAAUCAGAGCUCCCUUACAAUGCUGAUGGGCGUCCUGGUGAUCGUCUGUGGGGUCAUGCUCACCUUCCACUGCAUCCAUGGACCGCCCGACGUGGUCUACGCCUCCGUGCUCUAUGCCUCCGUGCUCUCCGUGGCGAUGGCCCUCUUCUUGGCGUUGAUGGUGGUGUGCAACCGAAACGGGUUCCACCAGGACUACAUGUGGAUGGUCAGCUACCUUGUGAUUGGAGUGCUAAUCGUGGUGCAGGUGUUUGGGGUGUUGAUGGUCGCCCCCCGCAGCGCCUCGGAGGGGAUCUGGUGGUCCGUCUUCUUCAUUUACAUCAUCUACACACUGCUGCCCGUGCGGAUGAGGGCGGCAGUGCUCAGCGGAGGAGUGCUGUCCUCCAUACACCUCCUCACCACGUGGAGGAUCAAUCAGGAUGAUGAAUUCCUCUGGAAACAGGCCUCACGGAGCCAUCGGAUUUCAACAAAAAUAUCUCAAUUUGUGUUCCGAAGAUUAACGAUGGUAAUACGGAUGUGGAACAGCAUGAGGCUGAGUGCAAACGUGCUGAUCUUCCUGUGCACCAACAUCAUUGGGAUCUGCACCCACUACCCAGCAGAGGUCUCUCAGAGACAAGCCUUUCAGGAGACGCGAGGCUACAUCCAGGCCCGACUGCACCUGCAAAGAGAAAACCAGCAGCAGGAACGCCUGUUGCUGUCUGUUUUGCCAAGGCAUGUCGCCAUGGAAAUGAAGGCUGACAUCAACGCAAAAAAAGAAGACAUGAUGUUUCACAAGAUCUACAUCCAGAAACACGACAAUGUCAGUAUUCUGUUUGCAGACAUUGAGGGUUUCACUAGUCUGGCGUCACAGUGCACUGCUCAGGAGCUGGUCAUGACUUUAAACGAGCUGUUUGCCCGCUUUGACAAGCUGGCCUCGGAGAACCAUUGCUUACGGAUCAAGAUCCUGGGGGAUUGUUACUACUGCGUGUCAGGCUUACCUGAGCCCAGAGCUGACCACGCUCACUGCUGUGUGGAAAUGGGGGUGGACAUGAUCGAAGCCAUUUCAUUGGUGCGAGAGGUCACGGGGGUCAAUGUAAACAUGCGGGUCGGGAUCCACAGUGGUCGCGUGCACUGUGGAGUUCUUGGAUUGAGAAAGUGGCAAUUCGACGUGUGGUCCAACGACGUCACGCUGGCCAACCACAUGGAGGCUGGAGGCAAAGCCGGGAGGAUCCACAUCACUAAAGCUACUCUGCAGUACCUGAAUGGAGACUAUGAGGUGGAACCAGGUUUUGGAGGGGAGAGAAACGCCUAUUUGAAAGAGAACAGCAUUGAGACCUUCCUAGUGUUGGGCUGCAGUCAGAAGCGGAAAGAGGAGAAGGCCAUGAUGGCUAAGAUGCAGCGCACGCGGACGAACUCUAACGAGGGUCUGGUACCGCGAUGGGUGCCUGACAGAUCCUUCUCCAGGACUAAAGACUCCAAAGUCUUCAGACAGAUGGGCAUUGAUGAACAAUCCAGCAAAGACAACCGUGGGGCUCAGGAGGCGCUGAACCCAGAGGACGAAGUGGAUGAGUUUUUGGGCCGUGCCAUUGAUGCUCGCAGUAUUGACCAGCUCCGCAAAGACCACGUGAAGAAGUUCCUGCUCACCUUCCAAACCUCCAGCUUGGAGAAAAAGUAUUCUAAGAAGGUAGAUGAUCGUUUCGGCGGUUAUGUGGCCUGUACGCUGCUGGUCUUCUGUUUCAUCUCCUUUAUCCAGAUCGUCAUAUUCCCUCAUACUCUGGUCAUGCUGGGAAUUUACAUCAGUAUCUUCAUCAUUCUCGCCAACAUCCUCUUCAUCUGUGCCAUUUACUCCUGCGUGAAGCUCUUCCCCGCUGCCAUGCAGACUGUUUCCAAGAAGAUUGUUCAGUCUCGCACCAACAGCACACUGGUGGGAGUUUUCACCAUCAUCCUCGUCUUCAUCUCUGCCUUUGUCAAUAUGUUUUCCUGUGACACACAGAAGCUGGUGGACUGUGUAGCAGAGCAGUUUAACUGGUCGUCGUCAGAGAUGGUGACUCCCUGUGUCAUUCACAACUUGUCUCGCUCUGCAGCCGACGGCCUGGAUAUCUGUCCCAGCAACACUCCCUCCUGCCCCUUCCCUGAGUAUUUCAGCUACAGUGUGCUCCUGACUCUGCUGGCCUGCUCAGUGUUCCUGCAGAUCAGCAGUAUAGGGAAGUUGGCUUUAAUGCUGCUCAUCCAGCUCACUUUCCUGCUGCUUGUGGAGUGGCCAGAGGUGGCGCUGUUUGACAAUGCAGACCUCUUUGUUACUGCCAAUGCCCUAGUUUUCAAUGAAACUCUGCAAUGGUCCAAUUUCAAUACAACUACUGAACAGUGUACUUUCAGGGUGACUAAAGUGUCCCUAAAGGUCAUGACCCCAGUGAUCCUCACUGUAUUUGUACUAGCACUGUACCUACAUGCCCAGCAAGUGGAGUCAACAGCUCGUCUAGACUUCCUUUGGAAACUUCAGGCCACAGAAGAGAAGGAGGAGAUGGAGGAACUUCAAGCCUACAACCGUCGGCUUCUCCACAACAUCUUGCCCAAAGAUGUGGCUGCCCAUUUUCUAGCUAGAGAGAGGAGGAAUGACGAGCUGUACUACCAGUCGUGUGAGUGCGUGGCUGUCAUGUUCGCCUCCAUCAGCAACUUUUCCGAGUUCUACGUGGAGCUGGAGGCCAACAACGAGGGAGUGGAGUGUCUGAGGCUCCUCAAUGAGAUCAUCGCUGACUUUGAUGAGAUCAUCAGUGAGGAGAAAUACAGGCAGCUGGAGAAAAUAAAGACCAUUGGCAGCACCUACAUGGCGGCAUCCGGCCUUAACGACUCCACCUAUGACAAGGAAGGCCGCUCGCAUAUAACCGCUCUGGCUGACUAUGCCAUGCACCUCCGCGAACAGAUGAAAUACAUCAAUGAGCAUUCUUUCAACAACUUCCAGAUGAAGAUCGGACUGAACAUUGGGCCAGUGGUUGCAGGAGUUAUUGGAGCCAGGAAGCCCCAGUAUGAUAUCUGGGGAAACACAGUAAACGUGGCCAGUCGGAUGGACAGUACAGGGGUCCCAGACCGCAUUCAGGUGACCACAGACCUGCACCAGGUGCUGGCCAUUAAAGGUUACCAGCUGGAGUGUCGAGGACUCAUAAAGGUGAAAGGCAAGGGUGAGAUGACCACUUACUUCCUGAACGACCGACCUCCCAACAGUUAGCAGUGCACCAGAAUUUCUUUGGAUUCCCACAAUUCCCCAGAGAGGAGGAUUUCUCCAGGCACGCUGAAGACAAACAAGUAGCCAUUGCCAUCACUUGAAGAAAAAACAAACAACAAAAAAAGAAGGAUUAUUGAGAAAAAAAAGAAGAAAAAAAAGCAGACUCCAGACUGGAGAGUCGUGGCGGUCGUGGAUAUGGCUGUGCACCUUGAAGGACGAUUGUUUUUAAGCCUCUUCCUCAGGCUGCUUGAAAGAUGCAAAGUCUGUUUAUUUAAUAAAGGCCUUUAUUUGCCGAAGAAAAACGCUGUACAUAAGGCAUUUUCUCCAGUUUUAUUUUUGUGACAUUUUUUUUUUUUCCUCUGUUAUUUUUAUUUCAGGAGAAUAUAAAUACAGGUACUCAUGUUUUGUUCGGAAUUCCUUAUUUAUUUUGAUCUUGAUGUUUUGUGCAAAAAGUCCUUUAUGGAAAAAGUGUGGAAAACAGAUACACAUUUAUACCGUACAUAAACAUGUACGCCCGUAUAUUUGUGCGUGUACGAAUACAGUAUCUGUAUAAAUUAAGAAGAGAACUAUUGACCAAAGACCAAAGUAUUUAAUAGAAAAGAAGUUGUCAAAACGUUUGCGGAAGUUUUGAAUAUUAUGUAAUGCUCUGACGUCCUCAUCCCUCGAUUUUCCUGUUUUUAUGACGUUUUAUCAUUUAAAGUAAAUCACACUGAUUGACCAGCAAUCUGGGUGACUGGCAGAGCGUUGUGCUCCGGAUCAUAUGAAGGAUCGAAUGAUUUAAUUUAAAAUCUUGCUUUUUUUUUCAGAAUGACAAAUUCUAGAUGGAAAAGUGUGUGGAAAGCUGUGGAACAGUAGUUUUUUUUCUUUUUCUUUUAGGAAGUACGACCAGGUCUGGGCCUUUAACACGUCCUCAAGGAAGACUUCAGUUUAGUUUUGUGUGUUCCGUCAACCAUUUCUUCUUUUUUCAAAGAAGUAUUUUUGGUACAAAAUGAAAUAAAAGGAAAAAAAAGAGUUUUUCGGAGGCAUCUGGGGAAAAGCCACGGCAUUGGAUACCACGGUACAAGACAGUUUAUCGAGAUCCAAUUCAUUCUAGAAGGACUUUUUUAAAAAUGAAAGAAAUAUAUCUAUAAAUUAUGACUGAAUACUGUGCUUUGUAAUCUCGAAGGGGCAUAACUCUUUUCACUGUGAGGUUUCUAUGAUACGACUAGCUGCUUUCUUGCCAAACUAAACAGCUCAAAAGCAUGUCUGAUUGUGGUAUCUUCUCUACGAUUUUUGUUUGUUUGAUUCCCUUAAGUUUUAAUGUUUGGGUAUUUUGUAUCACCUCUGUAUCCUUUUUUAUUCCUAUUCUUGUUGUUCUUAUUAUGAUUCCAUUCCAGCUGAGGAAAGGGAACAAAGACCCGAACUGAGACGUUGAAGCAAGUUGGUACUAACUGAUCAACUGCAGUCAGUGACGUAUGAACAAUAUUCCCUCCACUGCUUUUUCUGCUUCAUUGCAGUGAACAUCUCUUUAAGGAAAAAGCCACAUGGGAAAAUACAUCAUUAAAACGUACACUUCAGAUUCAUUUAGAUGUAUAACACUGAACAGUACUAGCCAGCUAAUUGCUAACAUAGAACCGACUUCCGUACACCGCAUGCGUGCAGUGUGAAUCGCAGUACAUUUGCCUUAAUUGAAAGAACUUCAGUAUAUGAUAACAGUGCCUCUUUAAAUCACACUUUCUACGACCCAAACCGCGCAAUUCACCUGGUGAACGCAACCCAUUACCGCACCGUUCGUUAACUCAGCCACCUCUUUCAGCGUAUUGACUUGCAUGAUGGCCAGAGCACUGUCUUUUUCCUGCUGUGUUCUUCACUCAUUAAAAACUUGCUGUGAUAGUAGCUUGGUCAUUGCAUGUCAGUUGAUCACGUUCGUACCAAAGGCAGGGCGCCCCGUUGUUUUCCGUCCAGUAUGUGCAAUAAAAGCGUACACGAAUAGAGAUUCAGCGUGAGGGAAGGAAACAAGCAGGAGUUUAUUUUAGUACUACUGACUCCCUCACUGGGGCCUCUGUCUAGAUCAGGGCUGAACGACUCCUGAUCGUCUCUUUAUUUUCAUUUACCUUUUCGUUUAUUUGUUUCAAUCUUGUUUUUUUUUUUUUUUUACUUUAUUCGAAGGAUUAGAAAAGGGACAAGCUUUUCAACUUUGCAAAGGAAAGUUGAGAAAAGACUCUUGAAUAUAGACAAACUUUUCCCCUCUAAAAAUAAAAAAUGUCUGUUUUA